AAGUGCAAACCCAAAGAGUGUUGCUGGAGUGGAUUCGGCCGUCACCGCGGCUUCUUUCAAGAUGCCAGGGGCCGAGGCCGAGGUCUCGGAGUUGUCCGAGAGGAUGGAGAGUUUCGUGGAGGCUCUGAAGAGAGGCGGCGGGCGGCGCACCUCCGAGGACAUGGCUCGGGAGACCCUGGAGCUGCUGCGCCGGAUCAUCAUGGACCACCGCUGGAGCCAUGCAGGGGAGCUGAUGAAGCUGAUCCGCAGAGAGGGCCGGAGGAUGACAGCCGCGCAGCCCUCAGAGACCACCGUGGGCAAUAUGGUGCGGAGAGUGCUCAGGAUCAUCCGCGAGGAGUAUGGCAGACUUCACGGACGCAGCGAUGAGAGUGACCAGCAGGAGUCCCUGCACAAACUCUUAACAUCUGGAGGCCUGAACGAGGAUUUCAGCUUCCAUUAUGCCCAACUGCAGCCCAACAUCAUUGAGGCAAUUAAUGAGCUGCUUGUGGAACUGGAAGGGAUGAUGGAGAACAUCGCAGCCCAGGCCCUGGAGCACAUCCAUUCUAAUGAGGUGAUCAUGACCAUUGGCUUCUCCCGAACAGUGGAGGCCUUCCUCAAAGAGGCUGCCCGGAAGAGAAAGUUCCACGUCAUCGUGGCCGAGUGUGCGCCUUUCUGUCAGGGUCACGAAAUGGCAGUCAAUUUGUCGAAAGCAGGUAUCGAGACAACUGUCAUGACUGACGCUGCCAUUUUUGCUGUGAUGUCGAGAGUCAACAAGGUGAUCAUUGGCACAAAGACCAUCCUGGCCAACGGUGCCCUGAGAGCUGUGACAGGAACGCACACUCUGGCGUUGGCAGCAAAGCACCAUUCCACCCCUCUCAUCGUCUGUGCCCCGAUGUUCAAGCUCUCACCCCAGUUCCCCAAUGAAGAAGACUCAUUUCACAGGUUUGUGGCUCCUGAAGAAGUCCUGCCCUUCACAGAAGGGGACAUCCUGGAGAAAGUCAGCGUUCAUUGCCCUGUGUUUGACUAUGUCCCCCCGGAGCUCAUCACCCUCUUCAUCUCCAACAUUGGCGGGAACGCUCCUUCCUACAUCUACCGGCUGAUGAGCGAGCUCUACCACCCUGACGACCACGUCCUGUGACACCGCUCGUCCUGAGCAGAGCCGCGGAGGCCGACGCAGAAUGGAGAGGGGACUUCAGUGCCACUGCCGAAACGCUCUUCCUUGUAAGGACUGGGGUCAGCCGAAAAAGCUGGGUUGUUUCCUGCCGUUUUAGUCAUCCCACAGCAAAGAUGUAUAUCCAGGACUCGUUUGGGGUUUUUUUGUUGUUUGUUUGUUUUGCCUUUCAGAUCUUGAGAGAGAAGUAGGGCUUGACCUAUUGAUUUUGGAGCUUCUUAGUGACCUAGGAUGUCUGUUUCAGGAACUUAAACUUUCUGGUUCACUGGUGUGUUAAACAUAACACUGACUAGCUUGCUGGGAUACAGGUUUUUGCUCAGAAAUGGCAACCACACCUUUUCGUAGGCUGUGCCAAUAAAAGCUGCUCGAAGGUU